UAUUAUGAGGCUAUUUAUUGUGCAUGGGAACAUUUAAAGUUUUGUAAUUUUGAGGAUGUAACUUGUAGGUUAGUGUGCUUCAUGUUUUCUUAUCGUUUGGAGGACUGGCAACUACUUGGAAUUUUCUUAGAGAAAGAAAAACCAAAUAUACGGAAGGCUCCGUUUACUGCUGGAUAUUUACUUAUUUUGGAAUGUUUUGACCUUGUCUAUCGAUUCCAUACAGAAACGAAUGCAGACAAACAGAUACUUAUAGCUGAUGAAGUACUAGCUAAACUCGCGGAAGUUUGUAAAGAUGAUAGGAGAACUUUUCUUUACACUCAAUCAAAAUCAAUUCUUCGCUCUGUCCUCGUUCUUUCUAGUCGAUUACCAAAUUCUGAUAUCAAAAAGUAUAAUGAUCCAAUUUAUCAACGCGAAAUGGAAGUAUCGCAUGCCUCACUCAUCUUGCGUACUUAUGAUUCUGAUUAUUUUAGAGGGAACUUUUCACCGAUUCAAAACAAAAUGAAAUCACCUGAAGGAUUUUUAAAAUUUUGUAUGGCAUUUGUCGACUACAUGGAAAUCAGCAUUAGUUACUGUUGGGAUUGCUGGGAUGUUGGUUUACUUCGAGAAGCUGAGAGUUCUUCUAUUGCUUUGUGGCGAAACAAUUUAAUUUUCGGAAACGCUUAUUGGACUCUUCGUUCUUUAUCUUUUCUCUUCUUUUUAAAAUCUUCAAUUGCUUAUGAUUCUCAUGUGUUGGACAAACUAGCUCAAUGUCUUCAAGCAUUACUUACUCCAGCGACUUCCUCAUUCAAUCAUUAUUUGUCAACUCCCAAACGAAAUAUUAGACCAUCAGUCUUUCGUAGAGGUUCGGCUGUUGAUGACUCGUUUGAUCUGGAAACUAAUGCAUCUGAUAAUAAUUUUGAUGAUGAUCUGCUUACUCAAGAGUUAUCUUCAAUGAAUAUUCAUAAAGGAGCAAAUAAAGAUAGGUUAAGUUUUAAUUUAUCUUUUAAAUACAUUUCUUGUUGA